AUGGCUAUAAAAGGAAACGAAUUCGACAGAAAGAUCAGUUUACUUCUUCUGAAGACCAACGUCCCAACUGCUCCCGAACAACUCUCGCACCAAAUGUCCGAACUACCAAAUGCUGGAAAGAAGACUGCUGGACCCACUGGAAAGGCCAAUACUCCUCGAGUCAUGGAAGUCAGUGGCAAGAUGAUGGCACCGACGAGGCAUGACGUAUUAGAAUGCAGUAAGGCAACAAGGUCAAAAGAGUAUUCUCACCCACCACAUAUGGUAACCCCACGUUGCCACAACUCAUUAUCGCGAAAAGAACUUUGUACUAAUCACUUUAUCACAAAUUUCAACCAUCACGAGUCCGUACCUCAUCACACUAAUAUUGCAGCACCGAUUACACAAUAA